AAUACGACAUGUUUCGAUGAAAACACUGGCUUGGUUGGGUUUGGUUUCAUUUUCACACCCCUUCUUAAACAAUCCUUAUUUGACUGUAUACUUUCACGGUAAACGUGUUGGCAGUGCCACUAUGACCGUACAAGUAGGCUGUGUUACACUGUCAAGUAAAAUCACAUACUGUGAACUGCAAUGAAACCGAACAGCCAUCGAUAUUUGCCACCAGUGAAAAGGAAUUUACGACUCGUGAUUUCGCUGCGUUUUCGUCACCUCCGAUCAUAAAAGUUCCAACUAAUCCUUCAACCCAAGAUUGAUGCCAGCCGCCACUUAUCUGCUGUGACCGAUGGAGGACAGCCCAGUGGUGAAACAGAAGGUCUUAUUCCCUUCCCCUAGCCAUACCACCGUUUGUAAUAGGGCUGGUGCACCAGAAUGCAUCAUGGGAUCUGUUGUGGACAAUACUCUGCCUUAUUGGGAGAACUCAUGGGCAGCCGAUGGCCACGCUGUCGGAGCAGCUCCACGAGGUGCGCAUGCAGGCCGAGCUGUGUCUGUACUCCGGGGGCUCGCCGGUGGAGGUCCGUGCAGGCGUCUACGCCAUGGCCCACCUGGCCCUGCCCCCCUGCUCCAAGUACUGCCUCGUCUCCGCCGAGACCAUGGUCAUGGAGAACAGCUUCGGCAGCAACAGGAAGGAGACCCUGGCGUCCCUCCAGAGGCUGUCCACAGCACUGAAUAUCCUGGAGAAGUACGGCUGUAAUCUGACCAAUCCCAACCGGCCAAAGUACUGGAGGACGGUGAAGCACAACAACCCGGUGUUCCGGGCGACCGUCGACGCUAUCCAGGGUGGCCGAGCGGUGCUCUGUCUCUAUGGUUACUCCCACCAGCAGAUGGACGGCCUCAGCUUCCCCGAGGACGUGGUGGAGCCCGACGUGGGGCAGGUUGCCAGGGUAACCCUGGAGGUGAUGAGCCUGAGGAUGGAGCUGGACCUGCUCAUCAAGGAGGUUCAUCCACACCCCGAGUUCUAUGAGAGGAUUAUUCCUACACUGAGACACAAGGACGUCGGCCUCAACACGGACGCGGUGGUCAUCUCCUCGCCCUCGUCCUCGUCCUCGUCCUCCUCCUCUUCCUCCCUGGGUCCCCGGGACGGGGCGGCCAAGUCCCUGGGGUUCCCCCUCUACCAGCAGGACCCCCAGGCCCGGCACAGCCCCCGCGCCUUCCAGCCCCUCACGCCCGGACGCAACGCCACCGCCAACGCCUCCACCUCCACCCACCAGGGGCCCGCCUCCCUGUCCUCCACCCGGCCCCCAGAGAACUGCACCAUCUGUGGGAUAUUCUCGGUGGCGUUCCACUGCCCUGCGUGCGCCCAGUGGCUGUGCACCGAGUGCGACCGGCUGUACCACUCCUACCCAGAGAGAGCCAACCACCAGCGCAGCCCGGUCACCUCGUCCUCAUCGGCUAAAAGCAGAAAGAGCAACAGCUCCUCCACCUGGCACUGCCACCACUGCACCAAAGUCAACUCCAUCCGCGAUGUGUUGUGUGAGACAUGCGAGCGCCCCCGGCUGGCCUCGUCGAGUACUGCAGCCGAGGAGGCUCAGCCCAGCACCACCACAGAGUGGCAGUGUAAGAGCUGCACCGUGGUGAACGCGGCCAGCAGCAUCCUGUGUGAGGUCUGCGAGCGGCCGCGCCUCGCCACCAGGCCCCCCGUCACCCCAACGCACCCCGCAGUCACCCCGCCGAGACCCCCCGCCCCCGUCCUGGGCAUGCCAGGGGACCCCGACAACCAGUGGGUGUGCCAGUUCUGCACCUACCUCAACUACUCGCCCUCCACCGUGUGCGAGAUGUGCGACCUGGCCCGCCCCGAGCCGGCGCCCAUGCCCGUGAAGCUCCGCCCCCCGUCGCCCGUGCGGCGCGUCCCGGCGCUGCCCGUCAAACCCAAGAACCCGCCCCCAGAGGAGCCGGAGGCGCGGCGGCAGCGUCUGCUCCAGGAGGAGGGACUCCGGCUGAUCCAGCUCAUCAGGGACGGGGAGAAGCGGGACCUGAGCCCUGAGGAGGUGUACACCGGCAUGCGGGUGGCCGGCGACACCAGCGUCCUGCCCUGUGAGUGGCUGAGGGACGAGCUCCCCCUGCUGCUGGACCACAUCUGUGAGCUGGUGGCCAACUCCGCCCCCCCGGGAAGCUCCGCCUCCAGCACCCAGCCCACCACGGAGCUCACUAACGGCCUGUGUGAUCCGCCCACGGACGACGGCGGCGGCGGCGGCCCCGACUCCGGCCCCGCCGACGGGGGGGUGACCCUGCAGCUGUCCCGGGCGGAGGCCAAGCAGGCCUGGCUGACAGCAGGGGGCGACACUGAGCGGGCUGCCCGGCAGGCCCUCCGAGACCGCGGCCUCAAGGUGAAGGAGCUGAGCUCGCUGGGCUUCGAGGACGAGCAGCUGUGCCACGAGGUGCUCCGGCAGAGCCGUGGGGAGCUGCACGGCGCCCUGGCCCUCCUGCAGCGCCCCCUGCUGGAGCCCUUCCACCAGCGCAUGUGGAGCGACAAGCCCGAGCAGCCCCUGGACGUGCGGCACCCCGACAAGCAGCGCACCUGCAGGCGUCUGCUGGCGGUGUACGACCUGCCCAGCUGGGGUCGCUGCGAGCUGGCGCUGUCCCUGCUGCUGGAGAGCAACGCCACCUACUGCCUGGAGGACGUGGUGCAGGCGGUGCGCGAGUCCCACGACAGGGAGUUCAUCAAGAGGGUCCUGGCCAAAGAGUGUCCCAUCUGUCUGUCCAUCUUCCCUCACAGCAAGAUGCAGUCCCUGACGUCGUGCCAGUGCUCGGUGUGCUGCGGCUGCUUCCGCCAGCACUUCACCAUCGUGGUGCGGGACAAGCACAUCCGCGACAUGGUGUGCCCCGUGUGCUGGGAGCCCGACAUCAACGACCCCGAGCACCUCAACAGCUACUUCUCCACCCUGGACAUCCAGCUGCGUGAGUGUCUGGAGCCCGAGGUGUACGAGCUGUUCCACAAGAAGCUGACCGAGCAGGCGCUCAUUAAGGACCCCAAGUUCCUCUGGUGCAGCCACUGUUCCUACGGCUUCAUCUACGACGGCCACCAGCUCAAGGUCACCUGCUUUCAGUGUCGCAAGAGCUUCUGCGCCCAGUGCAAGAAACCUUGGGAGUCCCAGCAUGCCGGCCUGUCCUGUGAGCAGUACCAGUCCUGGAAGAGGGAGAACGACCCGGAGUACCAGAGACAGGGCCUGGCGGGAUACCUCCGGGACAACGGGAUCACUUGCCCAAACUGUCGCUUCCAGUACGCUCUGUCCAAGGGCGGCUGCAUGCACUUCUGCUGCUCCCAGUGCCGCUACCAGUUCUGCAGCGGCUGCAACAACCCCUUCCACACUACCUGCGCCGUGGACCAGUGCAGUGUGUCAGGGCUGCACGCACACCACCCCAGAGACUGCCUCUUCUACCUCAGAGACUGGGAGCCUAACAGACUGCAAGCCCUGCUGCAGAACGGAGUGGCUUUCAACACAGACCCUCCUCCCGGGACUCAGACAGGUCUGUGCGGGGUGAUCGAGCAGAAGGACGAGGCGGCGCAGCAGUCGGACGCGGCCUGCGGGGCCCAGACCCAGCCGGGCCACGCCGGGCUCUGCGAGAAGCACUACCGGGAGUACCUGGUGAGCCUGAUCAACGGCUACUCCAUCGACCCGGCGCCGCUGUUCAACGCCAACGAGCUGGGGCUGGCCUGCCGGCGCUACCAGGUGGAGGACGCGCGCGGCGAGGGCGAGGACGACUUCGGCUACUACAACCGCCUGCUGGAGAAACUGAUGCACGAGGUCCCGCUGGGAGACAAGGUUCCACGGAACAAGUGAGGACCGCGGCGCUGCCGUACACCCCCACCUCGUCUCCCGCUCCGUGUUCCCUAUCGGUCGCCCCCCACCCCCCCCACCUCCCCCACCCCCCCCACCUCCACCACCAUCAGACCUGACAGCGGCGGGCAGUUUAACGCACGGCGUGCCAGACAGUGAUGCAUCGGAGACAGCGCCGUGUUUUCCCUGGACGGCGUUCCCGACCUCGCCGCGUUUCCUCCAAGGUCGGCACAAUUAACGGGACCAGACGCUUCCUCUGGGAACGCCGAGCCGGUGACGGUUCCUCUGGGAACGCCGAGGAGGUGACGGUUCCUCUGGGAACGCCGAGCCGGUGAUGGUUCCUCUGGGAACGCCGAGCCGGUGACGGUUCCUCUGGGAACGCCGAGGAGGUGACGGUUCUGCUGGGAACGCCGAGGAGGUGACGGUUCCUCUGGGAACGCCGAGCUGGUGGACGCUUUCUCUGGGAGUGCCGAGGAGGUGACGGUUCCUCUGGGAACACCGAGGAGGUGACGGUUCCGCUGGGAACGCCGAGGAGGUGACUGUUCCUCUGGGAACGCCGAGGAGGGGACGGUUCCUCUGGGAACGCCGAGGAGGUGACGGUUCCUCUGGGAACGCCGAGGAGGGGACGGUUCUUCUUGGAGUGCCGAGGAGGUGACGGUUCCUCUGGGAACGCCGAGGAGGUGGACGGUUCCUCUGGGAACGCCGAGGGGGUGGAUGGUUCCUCUGGGAGUGCCGAGGAGGUGGAUGGUUCCUCUGGGAACGCCGAGGGGGUGGAUGGUUCCUCUGGGAACGCCGAGGGGGUGGAUGGUUCCUCUGGGAAUGCCGAGCUGCUGGGGAAGGGGGGGGGGGGGGGUGGGGUUGUAAAUACUUGGCUGUAAUGAGAGUGAGCAGGAAAUGGUAGUUUGAGAAGGUUCUUGGUUUUCCUCGAUAAAUGAAUGGCCGGCCCAGAAGGUAGUCAGGUAGAAGUACAAACGUAUACUCUGCAUCCAGGAGUAAUGACAGCGAUUUCUGCCCAUUAAAGCGAUAGUGAGACUUCCCAUUUGGGCAAAGCUGUACCUAAUGUGGGUACUAAAACUAAAUGGAUACAUUUCCAGGAAAAGCAAUUGGAGGCGUUUGUUAAAAUGCCACAGCUUGUAUCUUAACUGUGAGUAUAAGAUGUGUGUACGUUUAGGUAUGAUAAAGAUAAAGGUGCAGUAUAGGCAAACCUGGCCUUUGAAAGACAUGGGAAUCCGCACACACACAGCAAUUACUUUCUCAAAAGCAAUAUGUGGCUUUGGGCAUUUCAUUAGAAGUGUGGAUAUUGAGAAAAACUAACUGACCAAUAAAAAUGAAGCAGUCAACAAUCAAAUUAAAGUCCUUUUCACUCUUUCCCCAACGGUAUUAGGAAUGAGUUAAUAAUAGCUUUAACUGGCUCACUGCAUACGCUGAAUUGACAUUGGUUUGUCAUGUAAAAGAUGCAAGUGCAUCAUGCAGAAAAGAGAUUGUAAAAUGGAUUUGUCACUUCGGAUAAGUCACGCAACAAACAUGCACCAUGAAAUAAUGGUUAAAUCAUUUUUAUGUAAUAUCGUCUAAUGUGUACGUCCAGUGCAAUGUGCUCGUGAAACGUUGUUACAUUAGGUUAGAACUUCUGCCAACAUUUCUCCUCCCAAAGUAAAGGGAAGAAAACGUGAAAAUGAAAAAGGCUGCUUUCUGGUUCUUCAGUGUGGUGGUCCAACAUCAAACUUGAACCGUCGUCACCUGAUUUAAAUUCAUAUUUUGUGGAGUGCUGCUCAAAGGUUGUCCUGCUUUGUAAAUAAGUCAGAUCUAACGGACUGUUUGUUUGCUUGUGUGUAUGUGCCGUCUGACAUAAAUCGCCACGAAUCACAAAUGUAUGCCAUAUCUAUAGGUCAUAUUUAUUUGCUAGUAGGACAAUGGAAAAUGAGUUUUUCUGUGGAUUUUAUUCAACUACUUUUGGUGACAUUCAGAGGGAACCUGAACGGAACCAAAGAGUGCUUGACUGUGCCUGAAGUAUCGCUUCUGCAAAAGAGAUUGUGAGUUUGAAGGACCAUUGCUGUUACGAAUGACAAUGAAUUGGAUUCUGCCUUUUUGGGAGCAUUAAUAAAAUGUUUUUGAAAAUCGACUGGUAAACACCACAGAGAGAAUGUACCUAUUUUUUGACAGCUCUUCAAUCCAAUAAAUCACCGGUCCUGUCACA